AUGAUCUCACUCUCUGCGGUGAAUAUGUCGUUCAACCAGCUCUCUGGUCUGCUCCCUGCUGGCUGGGUUAAGCUUGCAGAACAUUCACCCAAGGGGUUUCUAGGAAACCCUCAGCUAUGCAUACAGUCUGAAAAUUCACCUUGCUCCAAGAACCAGUCCAGGAGGCGUAUAAGAAGGAACACACGGAUCAUUAUAGCAUUGCUACUGUCAUCUCUGGCUGUCAUGGUUUCUGGGCUGUGUGCAAUUCACUACAUGGUGAAGAGGUCACGGCGGCGCCUGUUGGCGAAACAUGUCUCGGUGCGUGGCCUGGACACGACAGAGGAAUUGCCUGAAGACCUGACCUAUGAUGACAUCCUUCGUGCCACUGACAACUGGAGCGAGAAGUAUGUGAUCGGGAGAGGCCGGCAUGGCACGGUCUACCGGACAGAGCUUGCUCCCGGAAGGCAGUGGGCAGUCAAGACAGUUGAUCUGUCCCAGAUCAAAUUCCCCAUCGAGAUGAAGAUUCUUAACAUGGUGAAGCACCGGAACAUCGUCAAGAUGGAGGGCUACUGCAUCCGUGGCAACUUUGGUGUGAUUCUCUCCGACUACAUGCCUGAAGGAACACUCUUUGAGCUAUUGCAUGGAAGAAAACCUCAAGUGCCUCUCGACUGGAAGGUCCGGCAUCAGAUCGCCCUUGGCGCAGCGCAGGGCUUGUCCUACCUGCACCAUGACUGUGUGCCGAUGAUUGUUCAUAGAGAUGUCAAGUCAAGCAACAUACUGAUGGAUGCGGAUUUGGUGCCUAAGAUCGCAGACUUUGGUAUGGGGAAGAUCGUAGGUGACGAGGAUGCAGAUGCAACGGUGUCAGUUGUUAUUGGCACCCUUGGCUACAUUGCUCCAGAGCAUGGAUACAACACAAGACUGACCGAGAAGAGUGACGUCUACAGCUACGGUGUGGUGCUGCUCGAGCUCCUGUGUAGGAAGAUGCCUGUCGAUCCUGCUUUCGGAGACGGCGUUGACAUUGUGGCAUGGAUGAGACUGAACCUGAAGCACGCUGAUUACUGCAGCGUGAUGAGCUUUCUAGAUGAGGAGAUCAUGUACUGGCCUGAAGAUGAGAAGGCAAAGGCGCUGAACUUGUUGGACCUGGCGAUUUCCUGCACUCAGGUGGCUUUCGAAUCUAGGCUUUCCAUGAGGGAGGUGGUGAGCACCUUGAUGAGGAUAGAUGAUCAGUAUAACAGAUAA